AUGUUCUCUUUGUGGAAUUUUAGGCAGAAAAUAUCUAAAGAUGGUUCCAUUGAUGCUGAAGGAAAAACUGAGCAAGGUGUCCAGCAGAAUGGUGUCUCUGCUAAAACGUCUGACACCAUGAAGCCUAGAAAAGUGGUUUUUAUUCCUGUCAACAGAAAACCAGAGAUGCAGAUAGAUUCUCGUCAGUUUCCUGUGACAAUUCACUUCAACAAACAUACCCCUGUAGAUAACUAUCUCGUUGAUGUUUACCAUAAGGCUUGUAAAAUUCAUCUUGAACUGCCAGAAGGAGGCAUUUUAAUAUUUGUCACCAGUCAACAGGAAGUACGAACUCUCUGCCAUUAUUUGAAGCACCGUUUUCCCUACAAUUCUGGUAAAACAGAAAAGCCUUUGAAACCAAAAUUCCUUCAACGAAAAAAACCGAAGAACACAAAGAAUGAGAAACUUCCAGACAUUAGUUUAAACAAUUAUUCCAUUUAUCCGGAGAAGAAAGAGGUCGGAUUAGUGGAAGAUAAUGAAGGGGAUGUCGAUCUCUCUGAUGGCUUUGCAGAAGUUGAUGAUGAUGAUGUGAUGGCUGAUAUCUCAACUGAGCCAGAUCUUGGUUCCGUUGCUGUUGAGCCCCUGUAUGUGCUACCAAUGUAUUCCCUUUUACCUGGACACAAGCAGGCACGCGUAUUCCAGCCUCCCCCAAAGAACUGUCGUCUUUGUGUUGUAUCCACCAACGUAGCAGAGACCUCCAUCACCAUCCCUGACAUCAAAUAUGUUGUUGAUUCUGGCAAGGUAAAGACAAAGUAUUGUGACAAAGUAACGGGAGCUUCAAUAUUCAAGGUGACCUGGACAUCGAAGGCUUCCGCAAGUCAACGAGCAGGGCGGGCAGGGCGUGUUGGCCCUGGUCAUUGUUACAGAUUAUAUUCCUCUGCUGUCUACAACGAUGACUUUAUUGAUUAUUCAGAGCCUGAAAUUCUUCGUCGACCACUUGAGGACAUCAUCUUACAAAUGAGGUUUUUGGGGAUUGACAAGGUGUUAAACUUCCCAUAUCCCACGGCUCCAGAUAAGAAACAGAUCAUUGCAGCUGAAAAGCUGUUGACCACUCUUGGUGCAUUGACAAAACCCAAAACACCAAAAACAUUUAAAGAAAUGAAAAAAUUACCUCCUGGAGAACUGACCAGCAUUGGCAAGAGUAUGGCAAAAUUACCAAUUUCUCCACGCUAUGCAAAGAUGCUGGUGUUGGCUCAGCAGCAUCACUUGAUGCCAUACGUCAUAGCAAUGGUGUCUGGUCUGACAGUGCAAGAAUUGUUCUUACCAGUUCCUAAGACUGUAAAAGACGCUUCUGAUUCUUCACAGAAGCAACAAAACUUUGCAGCCAAUGCCAGAUUACUUUGGUCAGGAACGGGUCACUCACAAAUGCUUGGAGACCCUAUGUUGCUGCUGAAGUCAAUAGGGGCUUGUGAAUUUGAUGGCAACAUUGAAGUAUUCUGCGAGAAGUUUAGUGUUCGACUGAAAGCCAUGAAGGAGAUUCGGAAAUUGCGAUUGCAGCUUACCAACACAGUCAACCUUGCUGUUCCUGGUCUACAGCUGUGUAUUGAUCCAAAGAUGUCACCCCCGACUGACGCCCAUGCCAAGUUGCUGCGACAGAUCUUGCUGGCUGGAAUGGCAGACCAUGUUGCCAGGCGUAUAGACAAUAUUCCAGAGGAUUGGUCAGCAGAGAAGAAAAAACAAAUGAAACAUGCUUAUGAGAAAUCUCUUCUGACUGCCUUUACAUCUCUCCAAACCAUUCCUUAUUUUUACAGUUGCUGCUGGUGUCGAGGCCCACUGGUUCCCUUUGAUAUUACCAAAUCUGUGCCAGUUUUCCAAACCCGAAGAAUCUCCUGCUCCAAGAUUCGAUCCAAAGACCGGGAAAGUCUUCUGUCACAUGUCUGGAACUUUUGGCUAAAACCAGAGACAGAGAAACUCCUGAGGUGCCUUCUGGCUGCAGACGUCGAUGACAAGAAGUCACUAACAGACGAAUGGUCUAAGAAUGAGACUUAUCUUUUAGCAGAAUACUUGAAAUGGCUACCUGAGGAACAACAUGCUGCAGUAAAAGAACUAUGGCCACCAGUCUAAUUAUCCCCUUUGUUAGCAUCGCUAACGAACAUUUUUAAUGUAAAAAGUCAUUGACUAAAAAAUAAAUAAAUAUUUAUUUAUAUUUCUAAA